AUGGCCCAUCACCUCGCCGGCCAGCGGCUGGCGCCAGGUUACCCGCCCUUGGUGAAAACAAAAAGAACACUCAGGCUGAUUCCGCUCCAAAAUAGUGUCCGACCCCGCGCCCCACCCCUUUUGCCACCAGAAGGUCAGCAAAACAUACAAGUAACCGAGUCUCCUUCGCUUUUAGCACAAGCAAGAGGCAUAGAGCAGUCAAGACUCCAGUACCAGCAACUACAGACUGCGAUCACUGAGGACCGCAUAGAAGAAACCGGCCCACUGACAAGGUAUACAUUCCCGCAGCAGAAAACACAGUAG